CAGCAGCUGCAGUCAGUGUGAGUGUGAAACUCGCAUGUAUUAAGAGGAUGAUGAUGUUUAUGUGCUUUUAUCUAAAUUCACAUUUAAAUUUUGAAGUAUUUAGUAUACGAAACAGAUUUUUUAUAGGCAGUAUUUUACCUUCUUGAUUAAGUGUUAUUUUAGUCAAUUUUAAUUCUUUUACAUUAGUAUGCCUAAAGGUAAACGCAAAGGAAAAUCAGAGAUUCUCGUCUGGCCAGGUGGUGGGCUCUCGGUGGGGCGGCUGCGUGCUGACGUAAUGGGCACCAGCGAUGAAGACUCUAUCAAUGACAACGCCAGUGUGAUCAGUAUGGCAUCGGAGACCACCGUGAUGGACGAAGCAGUGGCCGGGGAUGAGGUGGACGAGCAGAGCCAGGAGGAUCUGUUCGAGGAGAAACUGUGCGAGGCCAUCGACGGCAUCACCCAGAAAUCAGCUCAAGGUCGCACCACCAGCCUGGACGCCGUAAGUCAAGCGCUCACCAGGAAGUACGUCCCAGACUUCCUCAUCGACAGGAGGUUGACAGUCUGUGAUGGCAUCGAGAGGUGUCUGAAGAAGGGUCGGGGCGCAGAGCAAGCGAGUGCAGCACAGUUGGCAGCCCUGCUCUGUAUACAGUUGGGUGUUGGCGAUUUGACAGAUCAGGUGUGCCACGAUCUCAAGCCGCUACUUACCUUCACCAUCCUUGAUAAUUCUGCCAGUCCUCUUGCCAGAGCCAAGUGUUGUUGGACACUGGCUAUGCUGGGGUUCCUAGACUCUACAGACGUGUUGGCGGACACCCACCGUACCCUGCUGUCGGUAUUCAGUGGAUCUUACAGCAAGGGGGAUGGUACCACUCCUUCUGUUCCUGUUGAGUUGGCCACACUGCAUGCAGCCGCCCUGUCUGCCUGGAGCCUGUUGCUCACCAUCAUUGAUAUUCAUGCCUUCACAGACCCGAACCUGACACAGAUGAGUGGUCUGCUGGACUCGCCACACCUGGAUGUGAGGAUGGCGGCGGGCGAAGUGAUUGCACUGAUGAUGGAGCGAGGCCGCCAGUACGACGACGACUACGAGUGGGAGGCUGGGGAACAGCUGAUCGACAAGUUGCGCCAGCUGGCCACUGAUUCACACAAGUACCGUGCAAAGAAGGAUCGCAAGACUCAGCGCAGCAGUUUCCGUGACAUCCUCAGAUACGUGGAGGAUGAUUGCCCUCCAAACAUCCAAGUCAGGUUUGGUCUGGAGACUCUGGCGCUCGACUCUUGGUGCAGAAAAAAGCAAUACGAUGCAUUCUGUCAGGUAUUGGGGUCUGGCAUGAACCUGCAUCUCACAGAGAACGACUUGUUGCGUGACGUGUUUGAACUGGGCGAAAAACUGGUUCCCCUCAACAUGGCAGCUCACAAGCAGUCCAGGAUCGAAAGACAUUUGAUGAACCAAGCUAACUUCAAGGCCCGCUGCAUCUCCAGAGCCAAGAACAGGGACAAGCGUUCCGCAGUUAUAAGUUAAUUUGAAUCAUACGUGUUGUAUUCCAACGUGUUCAUGGGCUUGUAUUGUCAAGUGUAAAGUGUACAGUAAGUAAUCAGUAAAGUGAAUCAUUGAGCAAGAAA